GGAGUAGUUUGGGAUUCAGCCUGCUAUGUACCACUAAAACGUUCAUAUAUGUAGGUUAGGUGUUGCUGCUGUUUAUGCACUACGUUUAUUUUCAUGUUUUAAGUGUUUUUUUGUUAUUGUUGUUGUUUUUUGGAAGACUAUCGCGCUUCACUUUUCCAAACCACGUGCUUUACUUUUCCAAACCACGUGUAUUUAGUUCCGGGGUUUUUUUUUAAGUUGACAUCUUCGUUACUUCCGCUAUAGUCUUCCAGCAUGUUAUAUAGUUAAUGGAAUAAACUGAGGUUUAGAUUUAGAUCUACGAACUAGAAAACGUACUGUAAGCUUUGUCCGUUGCUUGCUGGAGAAAUGGUGAAGUUUGUGCUCACUAUGGUGAUUAUUUUGUCCACACUGACACGUGGGAGCGUGUGUUCUGUGUCAGAAACCAUGUGGGACACUGCACACUCAUCCUUUAAGAGUCUGGCUAAUGAUGCUCACUCAUAUCUAAUAUCACUUUUGGGUAAAAAUUCAGUCGACACUUUACUAAAGACCGUGAAAGAUGCCAUAAAAGUGACAUCACAUGCUGCUGCUCAAGCUCUGAAUGUAGUGGCAUCAUACAUUACAGAUUUUCUGGGUUCUGCUGGAAUUGAUGCCAAACUGCCUGUAAAGUUCACCCCUGAAGGUGUGGUCUUUGUGGUGCAGUGGGCAUUGCUGGCUAUGCUUGGAUACUGGCUGGUGUCCUUGGCAGUUUGUCUGAUUGCUGGUGUUGUAAGACGGACUUUGUUUCUGCUAAAAGUCAUCGUUGCUGUUGCCGUGUUCGGGCUGAUUGUAAGUGAUGGUGGAGCCAGUGCUGAAACCACAGCGAUGAGACUAGCUGGCCUGGUGCUCGCUUGUGUCCUGCUGGGAAUUGGACCUUCAUAUUUUAGAGGAGAUGCCAAUGCCCACCUAGAGCAAAAAGUAAAGUUGCUGGAGAAACGCCUGAGAGAGGUUGAGAGGAAGAGAAAAGAAGAAUGAGAGCCACAAAAAAUCUUAUGUUGCUGAAUUGGAUGUUAGCACAUCAUUGACUUAGGAGUGUGUUAGUCAUUUUAAGUGUUGCUCCAGACAUGAAGUGACUGACAUGUUGGAACAGCAGGAACAUAAAACAUGUAGAGUCAUUCAGUAAAUAUGUUGGAAAACACUGAUUAAUGGGUGGAUGUUGUGGAGUUUGUUUUUUUUAUUGGGCAAAUAUAUAUAUUUAUCCAGUUUCAGUUAUAUUCAGAAACAUUGUGUAUUUGGGGUGCGUUUUUAACUUAUGUUUAUUUUAUUGUGAACAUGUCCAUUUUAAAGAAUAAACAUUUGUUCUUCUAAAACACUGCAUAAUUAAAUAAGAGAUUCUACUUUUUAUCCCAAUUUUACAUGAUUUAUGAACAGGUUUCUCUUGCUGACGUGUAUUAAGAAUCUUGAAAUAUAAUCAAAUAAAUAAAUGUUCUCUUUGGUAUUCA